AUGCACUUUUCACGUUUUAUUCCCCGUUCUUCGCACGGCCUCCCACCAUAUGGCGCCCACGAUACACAUGCGAUGCACACCCCUGCACCAACCACUGCGCCUCCAGGAGCUAUCACGCCAUACCUUGGGUUCAAAGCUCGCCUCUCGCAAAUAUGGAUCAACAAGUGGACCAUCCUACUACUUCUGGUUCUUGUUCGACUCCUUAUUGCUAUUGCCGGUUUAAACAAGGACAUGGCAUCUGCUAAGCGAGAAGCACUCUCCGCUUGCACAAGCGUCGAAUCGAUGGGCAGUGCUAUGGCAUCAAUGCCUCAUUAUAUGUCAAAAGGUGUCAACGAACUUACCGCAUCUGGCGUGGAAAAGGCCGUCAAUGGCCUUAUGUCGAUGCUACUUCUGACAGUCACAGGCGUUGAAGAGAUCGUUGUAUUCGUGAUCAAUGUUUUGACUCAGACAUAUGUGUGUCUAAUUACGCUUGCUGUUGCAGGUAGCUUACAGGCCGCUUUGAAAGUUAUUGAAGAGGCCGCAGACUUUUUGAACAAAACCCUGGUAGAUGUCACCCAGGGUAUUGAGAAAGGAGUCAAUGGCUUUGAAAAUAAAAUAAAUGAUUUUCUGAAAGGGAUCAACACUAUUACGAAUGCGUUUGGUGGGAAAAAGAAUCCUCCAAGAAUUGAUAUUGGCGGUGAUCUCGACAAACUGAAGCAGCUCCGCUUACCGUCCUCCCUGGAUGAGAAUCUCAAGAAAAUCAACAACUCGAUUCCUACAUUCAAAGAGGUUAACAACUUUACGAACAAUGCUAUUCGGUUCCCAUUCAGGGAGGUUAAAAAACUCAUUAAUGAAUCACUAGUCGAAUUCAAGUUUGAUCGGUCUGUCUUUCCUGUUCCUCAGAAGGAAAAAUUGAAUUUUUGCAACGAGAGCAAGGGUAUCAACUCUUUCUUUGGUAAACUCAAGUCCAUCAUCUCAGCCGCGCAGAAGAUUUUUGUUGGCGUGUUGAUUGCCGGGGCCAUUGCUGCAUGUGUCCCUAUGGCUCUCUUGGAGAUUCGACGAUGGCGACACAUGAAAGAGAGGGCUCUUCUGGUUCAGAAAAACGACCACGAUCCUAUGGAUGUUGUUUACAUUGUUUCUCGGCCAUAUACAUCCACUGCUGGGCUUAAAAUUGCCAGUUGGUUCAAGCCAGGGAGGCGACAAGUGCUCGUCCGAUGGAUUGUAGCCUAUGUCACGUCAACUCCAGCUCUAUUUCUGCUAGCACUAGGCAUGGCGGGACUGUUUUCCUGUGCCUGUCAAGCUAUCCUUCUUCACGCUGUCAAAAAAGAAGUACCCGUCCUGACCAACGAAGUUGGUCAAUUCGCUGACAAAGUUUUCUUCAGCUUGAACAAUGCCUCUCAGCAAUGGGCCAUUAGCACAAACCGUGUCAUUGAUACUACUAACGAUGAUAUUAACCAAAAGGUAUUUGGUUGGGUAAAUACCACUACUUCAUCCCUUAACAACACCCUCAAUAUCUUCGUCGAUAAAACCAGCAGUGUUCUCAAUGAAACUUUCGGCGGGACUGUCCUCCAUGACCCCAUCAGAGAUGUCUUAUAUUGUCUCAUUGGACUCAAAAUUCAAGGUAUUCAAAAGGCACUUACAUGGGUGCAUAACCACGCGCGCGUUGACUUCCCUAACUUGCCAAACGACACGUUUUCUCUUGGCGCAAUUGAAUCCGUUGCGAAAGACAACAAGACCAACCCUGAGAGCUUCCUCGCCAAUCCAGGAGAUAGAACAGCAGAUGCUAUUACCCAUGUGGUUCUCCGUGUAAUUAGAGCUAUUGAAAGCGGGAUUCGAACUGAAGCUAUCAUAUCUUCCUUCCUAAUCCUGCUCUGGGUCAUACUUCUGCUCCUUGCUCUUCUGCGUGCUCUCACUCUGGCCUUUCGACGCGAUAAGACCCGUGCAGAGGGCGGAAUUGACGCAACAUAUCACCCGCCUGCGCCACAUGCAACUACAUCGAUGGAAAUGUCGGAUUUCUACAACGUUCCCCUCACAGGGGUUCCGAACAAUGCUGAUAAUGGGCUAGCGCCGAAAUAUAGUACUACCCCAAAUAUCAGGUCUGGAUCUCGGGGUCUGGACGCAGACGAGGACGAGUAUCAGGCACAAAAGCUAGGGUAUGCUGGACAGAGAGAUUACGAUGCUGCGCUUCAAAAAGACGUGAAAGCAACACGAAGGAGUAGUUAUGGACAAGUGGUGUAUAGUGGCGAGAAGAAAGAUAUGACUGGAAGCUGA